AUGGCAGGAAAAGGUAAUCAGUCAUACAAUUUCAACAAUCAGAAUCAGAUCAACAACAAAGGUAAUCAGUCAUACAAUUUCAACAAUCAGAAUCAGAUCAACAACAAAGGUAAUCAGUCAUACAAUUUCAACAAUCAGAAUCAGAUCAACAACAAAGGUAAUCAGUCAUACAAUUUCAACAAUCAGAAUCAGAUCAACAACAAAGGUAAUCAGUCAUACAAUUUCAACAAUCAGAAUCAGAUCAACAACAAAGGUAAUCAGUCAUACAAUUUCAACAAUCAGAAUCGGAUCAACAACAACAACUUUCAAGCUAAGAAAACACAGGGUCAGACUUCACAAGGCAGAAGAUUGGGAUUGGUAUAUGAUCACUGUGGGUAUAAAGGUCACACUAAAGACAAUUGCUACAGAAUUGUGGGAUUUCCUGCUGAUUUUAAGAGUAAAAGGAAGGUGUCAGUGAAUGAGGCCUAUGCAAACACUUCUACUUCUCUGGAAUCAAAUAAGGGUGAAACUGAAGCACCUAGAUCGGAAUCAUUAUCUCAGAUCUAUUUCCCAUGA